CUGAAACCCUAAGUAAUCUUUGUUUUGGGAGAAAGGGAAAAAGAAAUGAGUAAAACUGAGCUGCUCACAACAUGACAGCUCGCAGACACCUCUCCUUCGUUUCAUUCAAUGGCAGCUGAGCACUGCCUGGGCCCGCUGAGUGUGUCCCUCAGCCUCAACACUGCCCUCCAAGCCCUGAAGUGCACGACAGUCUUCCUACAGAAGUCGGGCGAAGUCGGCAGGACCUGGCCCCUACCCCAGGGACACAUCUUGAUAUCUAUUGCGACAAGGAACCCGCACUGCUGGGGACAUACACAUCGUGGUCCCGUGGUCUAACCAGCCUCCCUUAAACACUGAAGAAGAAAAAGAAUCCCUAAAAGCGGUGGCCACUGUCGUAGGAUACAGUUGCUGAAUAAUGUGUAGCAUGGCCACCAUCACUCAUGAAGAGUUCAAAACAGCAUGUUUGGAGUUCCUGAAGUUAGCAGAGAAACUUAGAGACACUUGGAAACUCAGAAAUGACAUUCCAGACAAGGAUGCAGUCUGUAUCCAUAAAAUCCAGUAUGGUGAGGAGUCAAAGGGAAAAACUGACUGUGAUGUGAGAAGCCAGUAUGAGGAGGAGAAAGAAGAGCAAGAUGAUGAAGACAAAGAAGCAGAGCCUGAAGAUCCCUCAAUCAUGAUACAGACACACAUGGCAAAGUUCUUCAUCACAUUUGACUACCAUAUUGUAUACAGCCUGAGUCACUCUGUCCCGGUGCUGUACUUCAAUGCAUGGCACUCGUCAGGGCAGCUGCUCAGUCUAGAUGAGGUGUGGGAGAGAGUGGAUGCCACCCACAGAGAGCAGAUCAUCAGCAACAAGUGGGGCACCUUGACUCAGGUUGAACACCCUCUGCUUGGCCGGCCCUAUUUUCAACUGCACCCUUGCAACACUGCCAAGCUAAUGGGCCAGGUGAUCCCCCAGUCUGCCUCUUCGCACAGUCCAGCAACCCUCAGGACAUACCUUGUUAGUUGGCUCAGCAUGUUUGGCCCACCUGUUGGCCUUGAACUUCCACUAUGCUAUUUUGCUGAACAAGAUGACCCACUUAGAGAAGAAAAUAACUCUAAAUCAGGAAGGGAUUGUGUUACAUGACAUAAGUCUGGCUCAGGUAUUGUUAAAUGCUGAUGAAUCUAUCUUCUCCAGGGAUAGGAGAAGUGCAUAAGGAGGCCUGAAGUUCCUGAAACAUCCUAGUGAUGUUUUACAUAACUUCCUGUUGUAUACUUCAGGGGAACUUCUUUUUUUCUGGUGCUGUCAUUAUUUGGUGUCCAUGGCUUCCAUCAAUCAUGCAUCUAUGUUAACUGCUGUUGGCAAUGAAUAUACAAUUUGAUAUGUUAAUCUG